AACUAUGGCUUUAAAAACGUACAGCCCAUGACAAGCGUCCUUGGCUACGAGCUUGGCCUAAUUUCAAGAAUUUGGUGUUUUAUUUUCUUCUCCUCGUCUGCCCCUUUAUUUUCCCAGUUCGUGUGACCAUCGUAUUGUGUACUUUAAUUGUGUUGCUUGAAUAGAGAGUAACAGAAAGUUAUUUACUCUGAACACAAUGGUCACAGGAUAGAUAACUCAGCUGAAAUUGAUCCUUUUCUCUGCAUUCUUCUGGUGUUUGUUGAUUAAAUUCGGAUCACGGUUCGAUUCAUUUCUUCGAUCUUAGCUAAAGUAAAGGAAUGCCUAUGAAACGGGAGGCAACCAGUGACAGCCUUUUAGCCAACGGUCCCAGGUCAGAGUAUGUCAAACGAUAUCAAGAAUAUCCCUUGCAGAGAACCAAAAGUAUACGACCAUCAAAUGAGUUGAUAAAAGGUCAAGGUGAAGUGGAAUCUGUGACUGUCUUCAGGCGAGACUUCCCCGAGCACCCAUUGGCCAAACGUGAACGACCUGUACCAAGAGAAGGAAACUUAAGACCCGAAGGUCAACACGACUUCACGUCCUCUUAUCAAAACGAAUACCCAGAAAGAAGUGGAGAGAGACGCAUGCCCUACAAGCCAGAAGCGCAGAGAGAGGCACUUGCUACCUUUGAUGCCCAGCCUUCAUACAGAGAUGACUACCGCGAGUGGGACCUGCCCAAGAAGCACCAAAUUGAAAAGGAGUCUUGGCGCCCUCCCCAGCAGCCUUUCGAAGGGCAGACAACAAUCAUGACAGAUUAUGUAGAGCAUCAAGUAUCCCCACGAGUUGAUCAUAAGCCUAACCUCAGAACAGUCCAGUCGAAUGUACCUUUUAGUGAUAGCACUGACUACAAAGACACAUACAGAGAGCAUCCACUUCCUGCCAAGACACAAAGAGAGAGGGAGAAAUGGGUCAAGCCGAGUGUACCUCUUGACAGCACUACAGUUCAUCAAAGAGAUUACAUUGGAGCGUACGCUCCAAAGCAGAAGAGUCUACGCCCAGAUAAUGGACCACAAAGGUCAGACAUUCCUCUGGAAGGAGACACGACUCAUUCACUAGCAUAUAAACCUCACGAGAUACCUAAGAGAUACAAGCACGAGCCUGAAAAAUACACAAGACCAGAUGGAUUCAUGGAUCUGAACACGACUAACUCUACGCAGUUCAAAGAGCAUCCCUUACAAAGACAGUCUCAGGUGAAGCCUGAAUCUUCGCACCUCCUUCGGGGUUCUGGAGAAAUGACCAAAGAGACCAACUAUGGAAAAGAUUUUCAGGAGCAUCCUAUCAACCGGACUGAACCAAUCAAACCAAAGAAUGAUUAUCAAGCACCUACAGUCCCAAUGGAGUCACUGACGGAAUACCAAGCUGAUUUCUACGGUCGUCAACCAGGACCAAGGGAAAAUUUUAAGCCUAAAGAUGGCCCGAUGCUCUCUGAUGUCCCUUUUAAUGACAGAACUGACUACAGAGACACUUUUGUUGAGCACAAGAUAACUCAGAGACAACAGAAAGCUAAAGAAGAAUACAAAGGUCCAAUAGCACCAUUAGAUUCUAGAACCACUGCUAGAGAUUCAUAUUUAGGUCUCUAUCAAUCCAAACGCGAGAGUUUCAAGCCGACUCAAACGUUGGUCAAAUCAGAUGCUCCUUUUGACGACAGCACGACCAAUUACAGAGACUUUCAGCCACACGAGGUGCAUCGACGGGAAAUGUACAGACCUAGCCAAUAUGAGAAACCUAUUGGUGAGAUUGACUUGAGAACGAGUCACAACACCCACUAUGUUGAGCAUGCAUUGGAAAAGCAGAAGAAGAUUGAAAAGCCAGGCUCUUCUCAUCUGAUUGGUGGCACUGGAGAGAUGAACACAAAGACCAAUUAUCAAGGAGACUUCUUUGAAAGACCCAUCGACAAAAGGAAAUCCAUGAAGCCAGAAAAUGAGUACCAGCCGCCAGCAUUUCCAAUGCUCAGCGAAACUACACAUCGUGCAGAUUUCUUUGAACGCCCACUUGGACCCAGAGAAAGCUACAAACCAAGGGAGGAACCGAUGAACUCAGAUAUUCCACUGGAUGACCGAACUGGCUACAGAGACGACUAUGUACAGCAUAAGAUUACACCAAGAGAGAAGCGAGCUAGAGAGAUUCACCAGGCACCAACUAUGCCACUGGAUGACAGAACCACAGUGAUGGACUCCUACAGAGGUGCCGUACAGCCAAAGAGAGAAAGCUUCCGUCCUGAUGGGAAUCUACAGCUUCCUGACGGCCCGUUUGAUGGAAAAACUAUUACUAAUUCAGAUUAUAGGGAACAUAAGCUUCCAGACCGCUACAGGCACAAGGCGGACUCCUACAUUAAACCGGAUGGGCAAAUGGAUCUAAACACGACCCAUUCUAUUCAUUUCCAAGAGCACGCCUUAUCUAAAAACACGAUAAAUCGACCUGGGUCUUCAGGCCUGCUGAAAGGCUUUGGGGACAUGAAGAAAGAAAGCAAUUACCAAAAAGAUUAUCGAGAACAUCAGGCCUCAAAAAGAGACCCUAUCAAGCCCAAAAAUGACUACCUUCCUUCUUCAGCUCCAAUGGAAUCGACUACCACCAAUCAAUCGACUUAUUUUGAUCUUGGGCUCGUGCCAAGGGUAAAUUUCAAACCCAUCAAUGACUACGUCAUCCCUAACAUCCCGCUAGAUGACCGCACUGAUUACAGGGAUACAUUCACGGAGCACCAGAUCUCCCCAAGACUCCAAAGAGCUAAAGAAGAGUACAAACCAACCACAGCACCUUUAGAUUCAAGAACUAUCACCAACACGUCCUACGUUGGAGCCUAUCAACCAAAGAGGGAAAGCUUCCGACCAGAUCAAACUUACGUAAAACCAAACACCGCCAUAGAAAAUAACACGACAACCGGAAGUGCCUACAAGCAAUGGCCUACUUCGGAAAGAUUCAAGCACAAGCAGGAACCGUAUGUGAGACCUGAAGGUGCCAUGGAAAUGACCACCACAAACAGAGAGGCUUACAAAGAGGUCAUAGGUCAUCGAGAGCCAAUGGUACGUUUGAGUUCUUCUCAUUUGUUGCCGUCUGGUAAAUUUGAUGACAACACUAUCUACAACACGGCGUUCGUCUCCAAAAAUGUGGAGCAGACACAAUCUAUGAAACCAGACAACCGAUAUCAUCCCUCUUCUCUGCCUUUCGAGGAUAAAACAGAAUACAGAGCCGCCCAUGUUGGCUAUUUCGCCCCCAAGGAGAAGAGUUUGAAACCUGACCACAUGUCUGACGCCCUGGGUCAGCGCGAUCCUUCAAACCCUUUCCACAUCAAGGACGAUUGGCGUGAAAGGUUGACGAGACCAAGGGAGACAACAGUUCAUGGCUGAAUGAAAAUAUAGUCUUCUCUCCCUUUACUGUUGUUGUUCCUAUAAAGCAGUGCCUUUAUAAGUUUCAUAAGUUACCAAGUUUAUUUGUAAACGUUAAAAGGUAUCUGGAAUGUAAUGAGCACGCCUAAGCUGUUUAUAGUUCAUAUAUAGGGAAAAUGUUUGAUUUAUGAAAUUGUUUAUCUUCUUUCUAAGUGUAACCUCGUAUAUUUAAAUGAUUGUUUCUUUAAGAUUGGCCCAACAUUUUUCAUAUUUCAUAAUUAAGAACAUGUCAUAUACAAAAUACUCCAGUUAGAACUCUCUCUUAAAAUAUUAGAUAUGUGUUUUAACCAGGUAAAGAAUCUCUUAUUUUUCUGUCCCCUAAUGAUUGUUUCUUUAAGAUUUGGCCCAACAUUUUCAUAUUCAAUAAUUGAUAAUAUUCCAUAUAGACCUACAAAGGACUCUAGUUGUUGUUUUUUUGGUCCCCUAUAGCAAACUUUCUAUGACUAUGCCUCCAAUAUGAAAACAAAUGUGAAGGCUAGGAGUGCAUGUUGGAAACUAUUUUUAGCGGCCCCCGAUAGGGGAAAAGACGCUAUUAGUUUUGUGUGGUUUGUCUUUCCGACGUCCGUCCCGUUUUUGUCUCUUAAACUAGAAAAGAUAUGGAAAAUCCGACAUCAUAAUAAUUUAGUCCAUUCAAAGUUCUGAUGCAACAGCUACUUUUUUUCUGAAAGCGAAAAAUCUAAUUUUUAAAAUCAAGUAUACCAGCAAUUUUUUUCAUAAAAAUACACCAUUUUUUACACCAUUCACUAUUAAUAAUAACAAACACUAGAAACUGUUUAGUAACAGAGCAUCCCACACUCCAUAUCUGUAGCACACUUAUGCAAACGGAUUUAGAUUUUUUGUCCAAAAAAAAAUAUUUUACAAUUGUAUUACAAAGUAAUUUCUGUCAUACUAACUACUACAUUUACAAAAAAAAAAUAUGUUUACUUUUAUUUUUAAAGGGAAACAAUCUAUUUAGUAAACAUAUAAGUGGAACAUAAUGUAAAACAACAAUUAAUAAGUAGUUUUUCAUAUUAUCGCAAGAAAUGCAGAACAUUUCAAACAUCAUGGAACUCCAACUAAAGGAAUUUUUUUUCUUACGGAAAUGCUUUUUUUUCCUUUUGGCUUUGAAUAAGAGAUUGACCUUUUACAAAACAUUAGAUCAAUUAGAUAAUCAUUAUAUGACAUCAGUUAGUCCAGGUUCAUAUAUAACUUUACCUUCACCUUUUCUAUCCCUUGGUCUGCUGGACCGUUGGGGCACCACACAAGAUCUUUCAACCUUCUUUCUCCAUUCUUCUCUGUUAUUUGCCUUUGGUAGAAUUUCAUUCUGAUAUUCUUUCUGAAAAUAUUGAAACUGCCUUUUUACCUGCCUGGGUGGACCACUUUGGUGGCCGAUUUUGAGUUUGUGUUUCCACACAAACUGUCUUUGUAACCUUGUUAAAACGUGCAAUGAUUUUCUAAUACCUUACAAACAUCCCUGAACAAACCUGCACUCUAGAUUCGCACUUUGAUUUAAAUUGUUUUCCAUUGUUUGAUGUGAAAUGUAACUUGAAAUUGUGUUUACUGUAUAACUUAUCUACUCUUUAUACUUUAAUACAUUUUAUUAUUGUGGCUGAAUCUCUCUUCAUAUGUAUUAUUUCUCGACUUUUGUUAUAUCUAUACAUUUGUAUAUGUAAAAUAAAGAAGCUUCUCCUUAUCCUUAUGAUGAACACAAUCUCAAUUCCUUUGAACUUGAAGAUGGCUGUGCAGUCUAUCUUCGCUUUGAAAAGACAUGACAAAAUGCUUCUACAAUAUUAACACGAAAGAAACAAAGAAAAAGCCAUUGUUUCUCAAACUUUUCAUGGGGAGGAUCCUAAACUUAAACAUGUUCGCCCCCUCCCCUGUCAAACUAAGGAGUCUUGGAGAGCGCAAUAAGCUCCAUCAGCCUUGUCCGUUACGGAGCCCUGGCGCCAGACCUUUUCUUGCAUAUUGAGCUUUGCGCAUUUCUUCUCCGGUCUUCUACAGCGUACUGUUUCUCUUAGCUGGUCAAGUUAAGCUACAUUUAGAAAGUGUGAAGGGGCGCUACUGUAAUGGGAGAGCCGUUUGCGGCUAUAAAGCAUGUACGUUGUCAUUGGGUUGAUCAUUGUACGACCAAACUCGCGUUCAGCAAAAUGCCUCUGUAGCUCUUUCUGCACUGUCGAUGGUAAAUUUCUCCUUAAGUUCCUAGACUCGUGAAUGCCUUCCAUAGCGACAAUAUUAUGGAUUGAAUAAAGGCUAGUGGGACUUUAGUUUCUAUUCUUAAUCAGCUAAAGCGAUUUCCUCAGCAAAAUAGACAAAACGAUUUGGGGGUUGGAAAUAUAUAUAUAUAUAUAUAUAUAUAUAUAUAUAUAUAUAUAUAUAUAUAUAUAUAUAUAUAUAUAUAUAUAUAUAUAUAUAAUUAAAGCCUAAACUAUUAUAUUGUGAGACCCUCAGUUAGUGUUCAAUGUCCAAGCAAUUUUAUCAUUCACCGGAGUAACACGCUUGUGGUAUUUUAGUUCUGUUAUUAUAAAACAAAAUUCAUUCACAAGACCCCUGUCUUAUAAACAAGGGACAAUGUUUGUUUCUAUUUGUGUUAUUUAAAUUGUAAUCGAUUGAAACUGUGUAUUAAAAAUGAAACUCAGCAA